UUCUUAUACUACGCUUUUUGUAUCAUGUACUAUAUAUCUAGUAUGAAUUCCCAUAUUAGACAUUUUUUCAUCUGUUUCUAUUUAGGGAAUGGUGGCAUUAAUGCUGACAGCAGCAAUCUCCACUCUGCACCCUCCACAGUGUGCGCCAGGAGGUGCGUGCGCUGGGCCAACAACUUGGCAAUUAGCCUUCCUGCUGAGUGCGUUUGCCUUUUUGAUAAUCGGAGCUGGUGGCAUACGGCCCUGCAACCUAGCCUUCGGAGCAGAUCAAUUCAAUCCCAAUACUGAAUCUGGCAGGAGGGGUAUCAACAGUUUCUUCAAUUGGUACUACUUUACCUUCACGUUCGCCGUGAUGGUAUCGGUGACUGGCAUUGUCUAUGUGCAAUCAAACAUUAGCUGGGCCAUUGGUUUCGGAAUUCCGGCAUUCCUAAUGUUCCUCUCUUGUGUAAUGUUCUUUGUGGGAACAAGAAUUUAUGUUAUAGUGAAACCUGAAGGCAGCCCCAUAAGUAGUGUGGUGCAUGUAAUUGUUGCUGCUACGAAGAAACGAGGCCUGAAGCUUCCUGAAAACUCAACUGUCUCUCUCUUCAGCUACAUUCCGGCCAAAUCUAUCAACUCUAAGCUUCCUCGCACUGAACAAUUUAGGUAUCUUGACAAAGCUGCAAUCAUUACAGAUGGAGAUCAAAUUAAUUUGGAUGGUUCAGCUACUAACCCAUCGAAACUUUGUAGCAUCCAACAAGUCGAGGAAGUGAAGUGUUUGCUGAGGAUAAUUCCCAUAUGGUCAACAUCCAUACUUUAUCAUAUUCCCUUGAUCCAGCAACAGACUUAUGCAGUUUUCCAAGCCCUUCAGAUGGAUAGACGCCUGGGCACCAGUUUUGAGGUGCCUGCCGCAACGUACGUAAUCUUUACAAUGAUAACCCUCACCAUCUGGAUUCCCCUCUAUGACCGAAUCAUUGUUCCGUUUCUUCAAAGGCUUACUGGCAAAGAAGGUGGACUAACAUUGCUUCAAAGAAUGGGAAUUGGAAUGGUUCUAGCAAUGCUUUGUACGAUCGUUUCUGGGUUGGUAGAAGGAAACAGAAGGCACAUUGCUUUGACAAGGCCAACCAUAGGCAUUACAAGUAAAGGAGGCGCUAUAUCAUCAUUGUCUGCCUUGUGGCUGGUACCACAACUUUCACUCUCUGGACUUUCAGAGGGUUUCAAUUAUAUUGCACAGAUCGAGUUCUACUACAAGCAAUACCCAGAAAAUAUGAGGAGUAUCGCUGGGCCAUCCUUUUUCGCAGGUGCUGCUAUCUCUAACUAUCUAAGUGGUUUCCUAGUUACUUUAGUCCACCGCAUUACUUCAGGGAGUAAAACUGGAGACUGGUUGGACGAUGAUCUUAACAAAGGGAAACUGGAUUGCUUCUAUUACAUGAUCGUUGGUCUGGGGAUCCUCAACUUCGGCUAUUUUCUUUUGUGUGCCAAAUGGUAUAGAUAUAAAGAUGGUGAUAAUUCCACAGUGGAGAUGGCUACAAAGGGAUCGCAGAAGCAUAUUGUAUGAAUAGGAAAGCUUCAAGGCUUGAAUGGAACUGUACUACUUACUGCCAGUCGUUUUCCUUCCCAGCAUCAACAAGUCAAGGAGUUCAUUUAGAGAGAAGAGCAACAGAAAUGCAAGCACUAUUCUCAAUUAAAACCAUAACAUAUCUCAUGGAAUGUUGUCAACCUGUAAGGAGCACUGGCUAUAAAACCUGCCAUCAAUAUAUAUACACGGGCUGACAUUGUUAGCUAGCUUUGUUCCUACGAAGUAUCUGGUUGUUUAAAAUAUCCAUUGAAUAAAAUAAUAAUAAUAAAAAAAAAAACCU